UUCGAGGCGUUUCGCCGUCUUAACGUCGUGGACGAAAUCUCCGCCGUCGAUUUCAUUCCGGACCUAAAUAUCUUCAGCCCACCUCCUUUUCUUUCUCAAAGAAACCCCUCCAUUUCUCCCUCUUCUUCCGUCUCUGUUCUCCUCUCUUUUGCGUUCGUGGAGACGAAGAAGAAGGGGAUUUGUUAGGGUUGAGGUUUGUCAAUGGAGAAUUCGGGGAAGGUGUUCGUGGGAUGGGAAGAGGUGGUGAUGUCGAAGGACAAGGGGCGGAGGUUGGUGCACUACUACCUCCGGGACGCCGCCGGUGGGAAGGAUCUUGCGGUGGUGGGCCGGGAGAAGAGCGCCCGUCACAUGUCCUACGCCGUCCCAGGCCGGUUCCUCCGGUCGCUUCUCGUGCUGCGGCCGAGAAACCCCCUCCUCGCCUCCUCGUCGUUCUCCUCGCCGUCUUCGUCCUUCGGCUGCUCGCCGUUGUCUUCCUCUGGGAUUUCCUUGAAGUGGCGGUCACGGAGGGAGGUCCUCGAUUGGCUUUCUUCCCUUGUGUCAGAUUCUGUAACUUAUGGAUAUUCUAUGGUGGAUAGAGUCUCAGAUGAUGAAGUGGCUGAACCUACAGAUGCCCCUACUUCCAAGGUAGGGAAAUUAUAUUGGUCUAUUUUCCUCAGUUUGUGUGAAUUAUCAUUAUAUUCUGAGGAUCUGAGUCUUUCUUCUGGUUGCUUGCCUUUGUCUAUUCAGGAUCUUUCAUCAGGGAAAAGAGGACAUCAUUCCAAAGAAUUUACAUGGUUAGGUUCUGCAUGGCAUUGCAAGAAAAGGCGCAAACAUUACCGAUCUUUCUGCCGGAAUGGAGUUAUAGUCUCUGUUCAUGACUUUGUCUAUGUCAUGACGGAAGAGAACAAGAGGCUUGUUGCAUAUGUGGAAGACCUGUAUGAGGACUUGAGAGCUAAUAACAUGGUUGUGGUACGAUGGUUUCAUGAAGUUGAUGAGGUUGGUAUUCUUUUGCCUCCCGAUGUUAAUGACAGAGAGAUUUUCUUUUCUCUUUGUCUUCAAGAUUUCAGUGUUGAAUGCAUUGAUGGAUUAGCAGCUGUCCUCAGUGCUCAGCAUUUUAAGAAGUUUCAGAAUGAGGCAACAUACAGCAAGUGGGAACCUUACCUGUGUCGCUGGCUGAUUGAUGGUGAUGAUGAUGUCAAGCCUUUCGACAUCACUCUGGUCCAGGGCUACUGGAAUCAGGAACUACUUCGGUCCAUGUUCACAUCUUCUUUGAAGUUGAGAUUGAAAAUAACUUGUGGUGGUUCUAAGUUAGAUGGUGAUGGAAAUGGCCACAUUCCCCGAAGCAGACUCAAAAAGAAACAAAGAUUGAGUAGUGGGGCUAUUGAUUUUGCUGGAACAGUAGCUAGGGAUAUGAACAAGAAAAAAAUUUUGGGUGCUAGCAAUAAAGUAGAAAGACAUAUAUCAAGCACCACUUCUGCUCCUGGUUCACUCAAAAAGGAGUUGUGUAAGCAACAAAUCCAGCAACAGAUGUCUCCAGGAUGCCAUGUUGAAGUACUGUCACAAGAUAGUGGAAUAAGGGGAUGUUGGUUCUGUUGCGAGAUUCUCAAAAGGCAUCAUGAUAAGGUGAAGGUCCGAUACCGAGAUGUUCAAGAUGCUGAUGGAAAUGGCAAUUUAGAGGAAUGGAUUCUGCUUUCAAGGGUUGCAGCACCAGACAAGUUGGGUAUACGGUUGUGUGGGAGGCCAAUGGUUCGUCCAAAUCGAUCAGAGAGAGGCAGGUUGUCGUGCAGCUUCGACAUCGGGGCUGUUGUUGAUUCAUGGUGGCAUGAUGGCUGGUGGGAGGGAAUUGUGAUUCGUAAAGAAUCUGAAGGGCAAAUCCAUGUGUAUUUCCCAGGAGAACAGCGAGUCUCUAUCUUUAGUCGGUGUGACUUGAGACCCUCACAGGAUUGGAUUAACAAUAAAUGGAAUCAUAUAGAAGACAGAAAAGAUAUUGUGAGCUCAUUGUUAUCUGAUGUGGAACAUGAGAAUGAUGCUGAAGGAAUACCAAUUCGAUCACCAGACACCACCAGCCUUUAUGAAACAGAGGCCCGGACUGAAAGCACUGAACCAGAGGGCAUUGUUGAAUCCAAGAACACACCUGAUGGAGACUCAUGGAUACUCAAAGCAGAUGUGCCAGACCUCGUCAAAGGAUGUCAUGUGGAUGGCUUGAAAUGGUGCUCAUCAAAGAAAAGGAAGAGGAGACGGUUGGCUUCUUAUGGUCCAGAUCAUAGUAAAAGACAGCGUGGAGUUGGCAGUAGCAGCAGCCAAGAGGAAGCAAAGCAGUCUAAUAAAACUUGUGGACUGUUCAUGCUGCCCAAAUCAUUAACAGUUGAUCAUGAUAACUGCAAGAUUGGAGGGGAUCCUCUGUUCAGUGCAUCUAUGACACACUCAAGCUUGGUCAUGUCCAGGUGAAGCUUCCCAUGGUUGUGGAGUUUGUCUUGAGAAUGCUGACAUUUUUUUUUUUUGGAAGAUUUCAGCGGCUAUGGUUCGGUUCGAUUUUCAUGCACCCCGUGCUAACCAUCCUCCAGAGGUCUCUCGGAGGAAAUUGGAGCCCUUGGAGCUUACACAUUCUUCAGGCAUUUGAUGCCAUCAAUAACCAUGGAACUGGUGUAUUAUGCUGUGUUUAUAUGUAGUCUAGAAUUUCCUACAUGGUUACACAUCAUAAGAGCCAUGUUGGGUUGAGCAGUCGGUGGAAUUUUGAGAGCCUUUUAGCGAGUCCUAACCAAAGUUUUCCUGACACUGUCAUUGCGGAUGAUACUUCAUUUCCAUCUGCUGCUUUCACUGUCUUGAUUUCUCUUUUAUUUAAUGUCUUAUGUCAACUACAAGAAUGGAUACACAUCCGAAUGUUUUCCUUGUCAUUUUUGUAUCUCAAUGUGUGAGAAUUGAAUUAAAGUUGAUGAAAAUUUGAAUCUUGGGGUUCUCUAGUC